AUGCCGUCCUUCAUCCGAUCCCGACCCGAAUCGACCACAUCCCACGCCAGCCGAUUGACGACCUGGUCAACAUCCAGCAACGACGACGAUGCCAUAACCCCCGUCGCCCAAGACUCAGUUCUUCCUCCUCCCAUUCCUGCUGCUUCAAUACCUGCUUUUUUCGAUUCUCCGGCACCGGAGCCUCGCCGCCCGGUCUCCGCGGCAGGCUCCAUGGACAGCCGAAGCUCUAGCACGACCACGGCCACAUCAUCCUCGUCGUCAUCUUCGCUAUGUCCAGCAGUCGACUCCGCAGACCUAUGGCGCCGCAUGCUUGCCGUCCAGCGCAUCUAUCACUGUUACAACUCGGCCCGCAUUAGCGCCGCGCUGGACAAUGAGGUGCUGCAGAAGCGCGUUCCGUCGAGAGCCUGCUUGGACCUCCUGAAUGACGGCAUCUCGCAUCUUCCCGAGGACGAGAAGCAGCAGGUGGUGUAUUUUAUCGAGCAUGGCAAGGUCCAGGAGAGGAAAUCCAGGAGUUUUUGGCGGAGAAGGCUGAUCAGGACGCCAUAA